AUGGCAAAAUUGACCACUGGGGCUACUACCGAGGUAGCUAGUGCUGGCGAGGGAACCUUGACUGGACUUGCAAAGAGGGGCAAUGAGGUGGACGCUGAGGCAGCCUGUGCCAAGGCAGUUGGAAUUGAGGUGUCUAGGUUCGAGGAGUUCGGUGUAGGCAGAGAGCCCGUCAUUGGGGUGCUUGAGAGUAGAGAUCCU